GUAUAUUUUGACUCAGUCGCAAACCGUUCGAUCGCUCAUACAAUCCUUUCACGAACCAUAGGGAGUACAUAUUUAUACAAAAUGUGCAUUUUUCGAAAUACCGGAACUUCCGUCGCAAUUGGACUUUUAGUGUUUGCUUUAGUGGCGACACUACCGCAGCAGAGCCACUCCCAGCGCAGUCAAUCGGGUGUGCGGAAGUGUACGAUGGCAGCGGAUGAGCUGGACUCCUUAGUCAACCUGCUGGAGGACAUGGAGCUUGACCCAACGUCGGAGGAAUCGGAAGAGUCGGAAUCUGAGGAAACGGCGGUACUUCCGGCAUCUAAUCCAACCUGCACGACGCAAUUGACACGCAUGCGUAAUUCCGUACGCCGACUACAGGAGAGCUACCAGCGACUAAAGUUCCACAUCAACGAUAAUGUUUGGGAGUAUCGGGCACGUAAAAAUAGCUACGAACAGCAAAAGCGAGAUUUGACUCAGAAACUUGAACAGCUGGCCGGGCAAGUUAGUGCUCAGAAUCGUUCUGCGCUAAAUGUUCUACGUCGUAAAAUAAAGGAGGCUGAGCAACAACUGGCGACUAGCGUGAAGGAGCUCGAGAAGCAACGGCAGGAAAACGAAAACUUACUAAUCUCGCUGGUGGCGGAUAAAAUCAUUGCUGGUAAACUACCGGAAGCACAGAACAAAUUGGAGGAACUUGUAAUUUACAGCGACGAACCAUACCCGGCGAUCGUACAGAAGGUUUUCCAGGGGAACAGACAUCAAGCUUCCGAGUUGUUGAUUGAGUUUCUGAAGCAAGUCGAUUUUCGGUACCGUCCGAUCGGUGGCUACGAGGCGCUGGUGGAUACGAUGAUCGAUGGGCAGAUACUCCGCGGCAGGAACGCAAUCGAACUAUUGAAACACAUCCAAAGCCUUGUCCUGGCCCGUUUAGGCCAGCAACAUGAGCGUGCCGUGGCCCUGCUGAAGAAGUUUCGCAUGAAUGCAUCCUAAAAAACCAGCUAUCUAACGAUCGCUAGUUUUGUUUCGAAUUCUUUGUCGAUAGUGGAAAUAAACUGCUCGGAUUGCUCCCAAAGGCAAUUCGAGAACGCUAACACCAUUUUCCUUUUCGUAUGCGUUGCUUUAUAAAAAAUCAUUUCAUCGAACGUGCCUGCCUUUCACAACGACGAGAACAACUCUUAUCCUGUUAUUUCACAGGUUACACAGGAUUUACAGGUUUCGCUUUUGUUCUGCACAUUGAUCGCUAUCCGCGAUUCAUUCACUAUUAGGUUUUUGUUGCUCUACGGUUGAAAUAAAAAUGGAAUAGCAAAUACGCAAAAUAAUGAAUAUAGCUUU